AUGGCAGAUACUCAAGAAUCAUUACUUUUAAAAAUUAAAGAACAAGGUGAUCUUGUGAGAAAAUUGAAAGCUGCGAAAGAAUCAAGUGAAAAGAUUCAGGAGGAAGUUGCUAAGCUAUUAGCAUUGAAAGCACAGCUGGCUCCGGCUGAAGAUGCAGCUCCUCAAAAAUUCACCCUUAAGACCCCUAAAGGUACACGGGAUUAUAACCCCCAACAGAUGAGCAUAAGGAAUGGAGUCCUACAAAAGAUUAUUGCUGUAUUCAAGAGACACGGUGCUGAAUGUAUUGACACACCUGUCUUUGAGUUGAAGGAAGUUUUAACCGGAAAGUAUGGUGAGGAUUCUAAACUGAUCUAUGACUUAAAAGACCAAGGAGGUGAAAUUCUGUCUCUGAGGUAUGACCUGACAGUGCCACUCGCGCGGUACCUGGCAAUGAAUAAGAUCAACACUCUGAAGAGAUACCACAUUGCUAAGGUAUACCGCCGAGACAAUCCCGCAAUGACUAGAGGCAGAUACAGGGAGUUCUACCAAUGUGAUUUCGACAUAGCAGGCCAAUAUGACCCCAUGGUGCCUGAUGCGGAAUGCCUAAAGGUAGUCACUGAGAUAUUGGAUGCCCUUGAGAUCGGCUCGUACGUUUUGAAAGUAAAUCACCGGCGGCUACUAGACGGCAUGUUCGAAGCUUGCGGAGUUCCCGCUGACAAGUUUAGAACUACUUGCUCCACUGUUGAUAAGUUAGAUAAGUCGCCAUGGGAAGAGGUAAGGACUGAAAUGAUAAAUGAGAAGGGCAUAUCGCCGGACGCUGCCGACAGAAUAGGCGAGUAUGUACGACUGAACGGAGGCGUGGAACUAGCUGAUAAACUCCUUACUGAUGAGAAACUGUCUAAGACUAAGGCUGCGGUUGAAGGUCUGCAAGGGAUCAAAUUGCUGUUGGAGUAUUGCGGCCUCUUUGGUAUCCAGGAUAAGAUAUUGUUUGAUCUUAGUCUUGCUAGAGGCCUGGAUUAUUACACCGGUGUUAUAUACGAAGCUGUGUUGACGCAGCCAAUUAAAAUCGGCAAUGAAGACCAGACUGUCGGAUCCAUCGCUGGCGGUGGCCGAUACGAUAACCUUGUUGGCAUGUUCGAUUCGAAGCAUAAACAGGUCCCAUGCGUAGGCGUCAGUAUCGGAGUUGAGCGUAUAUUCUCCGUGUUGGAAGCUAAACUAGCCGCUGGAGACAUAUCUGUGCGUACGAGUGAAGUUGACGUAUACGUUGCGUCUGCGCAGAAGAACUUCCUUGAAGAACGUAUGAAGAUCUGCGCUGAGCUGUGGAAUGCUGGAAUUAAAACCGAGCAGUCCUACAAGAAGAACCCAAAAAUGUUGAAUCAGCUACAGCACUGUGAAGAGAACGGCAUUCCUCUAGCAGUUGUAUUGGGCGAGUCAGAACUCAAACGAGGAGUCGUCAAAGUAAGGAACAUCACCACAAGACAAGAGGAUGAAGUACCUAGGGACAAACUUGUUGAAGACCUUAAGACUAGAAUUGCAGCAUUAAAUGUUAAAGAACUCAACGGAUCAGCGUAA